GUCCGCUCCAUUACCCCCCCUCACUCACACAUGUGGUCUAUAUGCUGAAGAAGUAAAGGAAGGAAUCGAACCUUUACAACCAAAAGACACGCGGAUAUUUUUUUUUAACUUAUCUUUUUUCUUAGUUCUUGAACUGAUCCGUCCAACAUGGGGAACGCAGGGAGCAUGGACCAACACACGGAUCUCAGGGGCCACAACAUGCCCCUAAAACUCCCCAUGCCGGACCCUGGAGAGCUGGAGGAAAGAUUCGCUAUUGUUUUGAACUCCAUGAAUCUUCCUCCAGAUAAAGCUCGCCUGUUGCGGCAGUACGACAACGAGAAGAAGUGGGAGCUCAUCUGCGAUCAGGAGCGAUUCCAAGUGAAAAAUCCGCCUCACACUUACAUCCAAAAGCUGAAGAGUUACCUUGACCCGGCAGUCACAAGAAAGAAAUUCAGGCGAAGAGUUCAGGAGUCCACCCAAGUCCUGAGAGAACUGGAAAUUUCAUUACGGACCAAUCAUAUCGGGUGGGUGAGAGAGUUCCUCAACGAAGAAAACAAAGGCCUGGAUGUUCUGGUGGACUAUCUAUCUUUUGCACAGUACGCUGUCACGUUCGAUGGAGAUGGUGUUGAAAAUAAUCCAGACGCACUCCUGGACAAGACCAAACCUUGGAGUCGCUCCAUUGAGGACCUGCAUGGAGGAAGCACAAUGUCAUCUCCCCUCAGUGGGAACAGCAUCACCCGGACGGGGAGACACUCAACGAUACGUCUACUCCUCUGUCUCCCCGUCUUCGACAGCAGGACUCAGAGCUCGCUCAGCUGUCCAAAGUGCUCUCAAAUGAGACGUUGUAACACAUUGCCCAGUCGGAGGACGCUGAAGAACUCCAGGGUGGUCUGCAAGAAAGAUGACGUCCACGUCUGCAUUAUGUGCCUGCGCGCUAUCAUGAACUACCAGUAUGGCUUCAACAUGGUGAUGUCCCACCUAAAUGCUGUGAAUGAAAUUGCACUAAGUCUCAACAAUAAAAACCCAAGAACCAAAGCUCUGGUCUUAGAGCUCCUGGCAGCAGUUUGUCUCGUGAGGGGAGGCCAUGAAAUCAUCCUUUCUGCAUUUGACAACUUCAAGGAGGUUUGCGUGGAGACGCAGCGGUUUGAGAGACUAAUGGAGUAUUUCAAGAACGAAGACAACAACAUUGAUUUCAUGGUGGCCUGCAUGCAGUUCAUCAACAUCGUGGUGCACUCGGUGGAGGACAUGAACUUUCGGGUUCACCUCCAGUACGACUUCACCAAGCUGUCUCUGGAUGAGUUCUUAGACAAACUCAAGCACACGGAGAGUGAUAAGCUGCAGGUUCAAAUCCAGGCCUACUUGGACAAUGUAUUUGAUGUCGGGGCCCUCCUGGAGGAUGCCGAGACCAAAAACGCAGCCCUGGAGCGUGUUGAGGAGCUGGAAGAAAACAUGUCACAUUUAACAGAGAAGCUGCUGGACGCAGAAAACGAAGCCAUGUCCAAGAUUGUGGAGCUGGAGAAGCAGCUGAUGCAGACUAACAAGGACCUGGAAGGCAUGAAGGAAGCCUACAAAGACAGCAGCGGGAAGCUCCACUCGCUACGGCAGAUCUUGAAAGAGAAGGAUGAGGCCAUUCAGCGCCAGAGUCAUCUGGAGAAGAAGAUCCACGAGCUGGAGAAGCAAGGUUCCAUCAGGAUCCAUAAAAAGGGAAACGGCGACAUUUCCAUUCUGCCCACGCCGACGCUCGCCGGCGCGGAAAGCUUAUCGGGUGCCUCUUCGAGCGGAAACGGCGUCGGUGGUGUCGGUCCGGGUCACACGGGAGGCGCGGCGGAUGUCCCGCCUCCUCCGCCACCUCCGGCGCCUCCACUGCCAGAGAACGGCACAUUGUCAAACGGACCUUCAUCGACCUCUCCGACACCGGCAGCACCUCCUCCCCCGCCACCACCGCCGCCGCCACCCCCGCCCCCACUUCCACCUACAGGACCCACUUCAGACACGUCGGCUCCACCACCACCGCCGCCGCCUCCUCCUGCGGCUCCUCCACUGCCCGGCUGUGGGACCCCCACUGUCAUCAUGAACUCAGGUUUAGCCGAGGGACCCAUCAAACUUUUCUCUGUUAAGAUCAAGAAACCCAUCAAAACCAAGUUCCGUAUGCCAGUCUUCAACUGGGUCGCCCUGAAACCCAACCAGAUCAACGGCACCGUCUUCAAUGAGAUCGACGAUGAGAGGAUACUUGAGGACCUGAAUGUGGAUGAGUUCGAGGAGAUGUUUAAGACAAAAGCACAAGGCCCAUCCAUGGAGUUCACUAUGAGCAAGCAGGUCAUCCAGAAGGGACCCAAUAAGGUGACGCUGCUGGACUCCAACAGGGCGAAGAACCUGGCAAUCACGCUGAGGAAAGUGGGCAAGACAGCCGAGGAGAUCUGCAAGGCCAUUCAGCUGUUCGACCUGCGGACACUGCCGGUGGACUUCGUGGAGUGCCUCAUGCGUUUCCAACCCACGGAGAACGAGGUCAAAACCCUGCGGCAAUUCGAGAAGGAGAGGAAGCCGCUGGAGAGCCUGACGGACGAGGAUCGCUUUAUGAUGCAGUUCAGUAAGAUCGAGCGUCUCAUGCAGAAAAUGACCAUCAUGGCCUUCAUCGGGAACUUCACAGAGAGCGUGCAGAUGCUGACGCCGCAACUUCAUGCGGUCAUCGCUGCAUCCGUGUCCAUCAAGUCAUCACAGAAGCUGAAGAAGAUUCUUGAGAUUAUUUUAGCACUUGGAAACUACAUGAACAGCAGUAAAAGGGGUGCGGUGUAUGGAUUCAAGCUGCAAAGUUUAGACCUGCUGCUCGACACCAAGUCGACGGACCGCAAGAUAACGUUGCUACACUACAUCGCCAACGUGGUGAAGGAGAAAUACACGCAGGUUUCCCUUUUCUACAACGAGCUUCACUAUGUGGAGAAAGCUGCUGCAGGUGAGCUUCGCUGCCAUCAUCCACGCCUACGCAUCAAAAGGUGCACGUCACGUAUAUGUCGUCUUGUGUUCACAGUGUCGCUCGACAACGUCCUGAUGGAUGUGAAGGAGCUGCAGAGAGGCAUGGAGCUGACCAAGAGGGAGUACAGCAUGCACGGCCACAACACCAUGCUCAAGGACUUCAUCACACACAACGAGAGCAAGCUGAAGAAGCUGCAGGACGACGCCAAGAUCGCACAGGAUGCCUUCGAUGAAGCUGUGAAGUUCUUUGGGGAGAGUUCGAAAACCACUCCGCCGUCGGUCUUCUUUCCCGUGUUUGUACGCUUCGUGAAGGCCUACAGGCAAGCCGAAGAGGACAACGAGCAAAGAAAGAGGCAGCAGCAGAUUAUGAUGGAGAAACUUCUAGAACAGGAGGCCAUGAUGGAGGCAGACCAGAAGUCUCCUUCACAUAAGAACAAACGACAACAGCAGGAGCUGAUCCAAGAACUGCGGAGGAAGCAAGUAAAAGACAGCCGCCAUGUUUAUGAAGGCAAAGACGGAGCUAUUGAGGACAUCAUCACGGUGCUGAAGACGGUUCCCUUUACCGCCCGCACCGCCAAGCGUGGCUCUCGGUUCUUCUGCGAGCCCGCCCUCAAUGAGGAGUACCAUUACUAAAGCUUGUAGAACUCUCUCUCCUUCCCUUCCGAAAAAAGAAAGAUCUGAGGAAUCAGCCUUACAGGCGAGCAGACGGCGUGCGAAGGAGCGUGAGGAGACGCUUCGACGACCAGAACCUGAGACCGCUGAACAAUGGCGAGGUGGUCGUGUGACGAGGGGGACAGUGCACGUGUUAACAUGAGGGAGCGCGGAGGGGGGGGGGGCCCUAGUGAGGAUGAGGGAUGGGCAUUAAUCUAAAUUUUCCUGAAUGGACUGCUGGGAACAUAAACUAAUGGAUCAAAACCGAGGCGGCGGAGUGGUGGGGGGCACAAGAUUAACACCAACAGCUGAUGGAUCCUCACCACUGCACCUAAUUUGACAUUCAUCAACAAUCAAUUCCGUAGUGACGACGCCCAUCCCGAGUCAGGAUGUCAUGGAGGGACAGGGAAUGUUGGAAACAGAAGGCAUAAUAAUGGAUGAUGAUAAGUAGCAAAGAAAAGUGUGUGUACGUGACACAUGAAUGCACCACGUGUGUAUUAGGUGUGUUCUAUAUUUAUAUAUGAAGGACCUGGACCGACUUUUUUGUUUUAACGGAACGGAAACUUAAGUGCCUAAACUUGUUUUUCAAUAAAAACACGAUUCGGGUGUGAAGUGGGAACAGAGCGUAUUUUAGCGGUAUGAUUCUUAUUUUUCUACACAAGCGAGAAGAAUCUCAAACACCUGAUUAAGUAUUACUUUCACCACGUCACUCACGGGACAGGAAGUCAAGACAGUUUUAUAGGAUGCUGUACAACAGGUAAUGCACUGCAGCUAUGACGGAGUGGGGUGCCAUUUUUUUUUUUAUCUAUUAUUGGGUUAUUUAAAAAUAAUUAGGACAUUAAUAAAAAUAUAUACAGGUUUUUUGUGACAUUUGGACUUUGGGAAUUUUUAUAUAUAUUUUUAAAAAAUUUAUAUUAUUAUAAAACGACCUUUUUUAUGAAUCCGGCCAUGUUUGAAGAGUGCAGUGCAUCCUUUUGUAUAACUUGCUACUAAAUUGUCUUGUACUCGUGUAUUUGAAGCUGUAUGAAGCCAGUGAUGAGAUUUAAAAAAAAAAAGGGGGGGGGGGUGCAUCAAAAGGACAUUUCCCCCAUGACGUCAUAACUGGAUGUUUUUUGUCACUUUGCAUAAAACAUGUACAGAUUACUACUACUGCCAUCUACUCGUUUAUUUAACCACUCACGAUUCCUUUAAGCUCUUGUUUUCAUCUCAUGGUUUUAAACAGCAGCCAAAAAAAAAAAAAAAAGGUUUCUUACGUGGUGUACAGUUUUUGUACUGAAGUGACCAGAUGAUUUAAUAUUGUACAUAAUAUUGAAAAGCAUUGCCUUGUGCGAUACAACUUGAAUGUUAUUUUUUAACUUAUAGUUUCAUUUUUGUGUCUAUUUAAUGAAGCCAAAUGCCACAUAAGGAGCGGUGAACACAGGCGAUGAUGCAUUUAAAAAAAUGGAUCAUUUAUCAACUUUUGUCAUUUUUUACUCACAUCGUCAUCUCCUUCAACUAACUGGUUCAUAACUGGCAUGUUAACUUUUAUCACCAAUGUUUUUGUUCUGUGUUCAUUGCAAAUUAAUAUUUUGUUUGGGAGAUGUUAAAUUUCCAAUAAAUAUGAUCAAAUAAACUAUUUACAUUGAAA